AUGCUAGGAAGAGCUCUAAGACUACCUGCUUUUCGCGGUGCCGCAGCAGCACUUGCGCCAUCCGCCACCCACACUUCCCUUCUACCACGCAUCUCGUCGAACUUGGCGCAGCGACGAUGCCUGUCAGACGCCAUUCGCGGAGCCAUCGAUAAGGCCGUGGCAUCAGCGCCGGUUGUGCUGUUUAUGAAGGGAACGCCAGAUCAGCCUCAAUGCGGCUUCUCAAGAACAAUGAUACAGAUUCUUGGCCAACAGGGUGUUGAUCCUACCAAGUUCGCAGCGUACAACGUUUUAGAGGACCCAGACCUCAGAGACGGCAUCAAGCAGUACUCGGACUGGCCGACUAUCCCACAGCUAUAUGUGGACAAGGAGUUCGUCGGUGGUGUCGAUAUCGUCAUGACCAUGCUCAAAGACGAGUCGCUGCAAACGCUUCUCACCGACAAAGAUGUGCUGGUUCUGGAGGACACCCCAGAAGGUCAAGCAUGA